GUCUGCCGGCCCUCGCUGGGUGAUGAAAUACUUCAUGAAUAAAGAUUUCUGUCUUUUUUAUUUUUCAGACGAAGAAUUUGGUGAGCACUCGGUGUCAGUUAUGCUGGACGGAGAGGAGAGUGAGAUCAUGUUUAUUGACCACCCUGCUGAUGAGAUGACGGUGGAGAACUACCUGGCGACGUACGACCCUCAUGCCUUCGUGGUGGUGUUCAGCGUCAUCGAGCGAGGGAGCUACCAGCGGGCGGAGGAGGUGCUCCAGUACCUGUGGCGCCUAGACGUCAUGACCAACAGAGGAGUCAUCCUCGUCGCCAACAAGACGGACAUCGUCAGGUCCCGCUCCGUCACCGCCAAAGAGGGGUCGAACCUGGCAGACUCUUACGAUUGCAAAUACAUCGAGACCUCGAGCGGGUUCAACCACCAGGUGGACGAACUGCUGGUGGGGAUCCUUAAGCAAAUCCGACUGAAGAGCCACAACCAGGAAGUGACGGCCAAGAAGCGCAGCACCCGCCGGAGGAAGUACCGGGGCUCCAAGACCUCAGCGAGUCUCAAGGUGAAGAGCUUCCUGACGAAGGUCUGCGGUAAGGAGACCAAGAGCAAGUCCUGCGAGAAUCUUCAUGUCCUCUGACUGGCUUGGCCUGCGUCUGUCUCUCUCUCUUGGUGUUUUGCAUAGCCCGCCCCCACCCACACCCUCAGGGGCUGGAAGUGUGGUAAAGUGUGGGAGACAUACUUGGACCAUACUUGGACCAGGAAAAAUAGGUGUUUACGCUACAUUUGUGGCCGCAAAAAAAGAAAUAAGGAAAAUGGGCGGCGCAUUUGUACACCCGCCAAAAAAAUAUAUAUGAAAAGUUAGCGCUACGAUCUCUGACAUCAAACAGAAAAUAGACAUUAUUCUUGUAUAUAAAAGUAACAAAAAAAAAAGUGGGCGAUGCUCUUGGGUUGAAAAAUAAGAGGAAAAUGGUAAUCUCUCUAUUCCAAAGAGUACGACUCUUCAACAGUCGUUCAUGUGCUUGAGAGAGUUUAGGAAUCACUCACUCUGCUUGGCAAACUCUUCCUUGCCUACUCAUUCAGAUAAAAAGUAUAGCAUGAUUCCAUCCUUGAACCAAAAGAGCGCAAAGAAAAAAAGAAAAAAACAACACGGGAAUCUUGCGUUGUGAAUAACGUCUAAGAGAGACAAUAACAGAAGCGAGCUGCUUAAAAAAAAAAAAAACACUCUUAAUUAUAUCCAGAAAAACGGAGCAAGCGGGUAUUCUGUUUUUACAGUUUUGGGUGAAUUUAGAACAGCACAUUCCCUCCUUCAGAAACUUAUCCAACUCCUGCAGGAGGAAAAUGCUGUUUUUUCCUUAUCCUGAAGAAUGUUGUCGAGGAACUUUUGCCAACCACAAUAACUCUUAAGGAACUUGUGUAGCUGAAGAAGCAGAGAACCGGUCUUAGAAAAGUUUCCUUUUAGAACCCUUUAGUUUCCCUUUUUGUACAUUUGACUUACUUUUUUUACGUGUAUAAUAUGUAUUUAGCACUCUUAAGAAAACAGUCACAGAUGAGAGGCUACAAGUAGUCGUAGAACGCUGAAUCGUAGAGUAUCUCACCACACCAGGAACCACAACAACGCACAUGACGUAGAUUGUAGAUCGUGUUUCAUGGAGAGUACAAGUAGCGGUGCGGGGGCGUCGUACGCUGUACAUACUACGAGUGAUAUGACGCUUUUAUUAUUAAUACAAACAUGAUUUCUGUCAUCUUAGUGGCGUCGUCAGGGCCCCCCCCCCCUUCAACCCAUCCUGAUUGGCAAUGGCGUCAAUGGGGGUCAUACCUGAUUGGUGACGCCGUCAUGAGGAGUCAUACCUGAUCCCAACACUGAAAUGAUUAUUUUCAGUCCUGCUGGUACUGGACGUAGCGACGUGUGAGCACCGGUGUUCUUCCCUCUCUGCCUCUUCCUCCUUCUUUCUCCCUUUCUUUUCCCUGCCACCUUUCCACCCUCCUUUCCCUGUCUCUCACUUCCCUACAGUUUCUCUCUUUCCUAUCCCUUCACCUUCCUCGCUCUCUUCACCCUCCUUCCUCCAACCCUUUUCCUUCUUCUCCCUCUCUUAUCAUACCUUUAAUUCCCCUUCCUCAUCACCCCCCCCCCUUCAUUUCCUCACCGUUCCCAUCCCUUCCUCCAUCCUCUCCUUUUCCAUCCUACCCGUCUCCCCACCAAACCUUCAUUCCUCCCACUCUACCCUUCCCCCAAACCGCCCUCCCCUCCCACAGUCUA